AUGCACGCAGAGGAGACAGACAGAGAGAUAAACAGGAAUCAUACAGUACAGAGGAUCACCCUCCAGUGCAGACGCACGGGCUCUCUCUCUCGCUCCCUCCCUCUCUCACUUUUUCUCUCACUCGCCCACUUAGUAUCAUUUCAUCUCUCUCUCCCUCUCUCUCUCACCACACUCUCAGUCGCUGAGCUCUAACGGAUGGGGAUACACCGCCAAGGAGGACUUAGGGGUGAGAAGUGUGUGUUUCUUCUCUUCUCUGGUGUGUUUUCGUUCUCUUCCGCCUGGCUUCCCUCAUGAGCUGUUAAUUCCAGCCCUGGUCUUGAGGAUGAGGAGGAUCUGUUUGUGAGGAAGACGCAACAAAGGAAGAGAGAACAAGGAGCAACAGGGUGGCAAAUUCUGCAAGCGGGAGUGAGCAAAAAUAUCUUUUCUUUUUCUCCAGGCUCAAGCAAGGAGCCCUGACUCUAAGAAGCAGCCAUGUGAGAGAAGCUGUCAGCGAGCAGAGGAUGCCCACGUCCAGCUAAAGCGGCCCUUCCCCCCCCUCUCUCCCCACCCUCCUGCUCCCUCCCUUCUUCCCACAUGAGGACAAGAAGAUGACUAUCUCCAGCCGGCAGUCCUUCAAUGUCCUGACGGUCAUCUUCCUCCUACUGUCCACUGCAGCCCUCUCUGCUCAUUACCGAGUGUGUGAACCUUACUCUGACCACAAAGGGCGGUACCACUUUGGCUUUCACUGCCCACGCCUCUCAGACAACAAGACCUAUAUGUUCUGCUGCCACCACAACAACACCGCCUUCAAGUACUGCUGCAACGAGACUGAGUUCCAGUUGGUCAUGCAGGUCAACCUCACCACCACCCCUGAUGGUUAUGCACACAAUAAUUAUACAGCCCUGGUCGGUGUGUGGAUCUACGGCUUCUUUGUGAUGGUGCUGCUGGCUCUGGACUUUCUCUACUACUCAGCCAUAAACUACGAGCUGUGCCGGAUCUACCUGGAGAAAUGGGGUCUUGGAGGACGCUGGCUGAAGAAGGCUCGGAGUCAGUGGCACAGGUCCAUGCCGGAGGAGAGCGAAACCCAGGCUCAAGUGCAGCCCAUGGUCCCCACCCACUUCCAGCCCAGACACAGCCUCAGAGGGGAGAGCCACAGCCCUACGCUCCUGCCCUACAACACAUCCACCGCAUGAAUGAUGCUGUGAGUGGAUAAACAGAAGAGUAGCAACACCUGGUUUCCUUACAUGGUACAGAGGAGAUGUUCCCCAGUCACCCCUCUCUGGACCACAAACACAGCAUCACUGGUGGGCUAGCCAUACUGUAGUAGCUAGAAGUGACUACUGCCCCCUUUCUAAUGAGCACAAAAUACCCACAGACUAACAGAAUCAGGCGAAACAGCUGAAGAAAGCCUGGAAAGCCACACAGACGAAUGUAUCGCUGCUUCUACAGAAGGGAGAGAUGGAUGCAUUUAUCUGCUUAUAGGGUUUAACUGAUUCCCUAAAGUAUCUGCCAAGGCCUGGAGUACCCCAAACAAAUCCAAGAUGAACUGGAUAAACUGUACUCGCAAUUGAGAAAGCUUGUCUAUUUAAAGAAAAAAAAGACGAAAAAAAAGCUUAUUUCUAGAUAUAACAUGUUUAUUAAACUGCUGUGUCACUUUGUGUUCAGUAGCAGUUAGACACAGUUGUGGGUUAUCUAUUUGGUGAUUUAUUUAUGUGAACUAGUCAGAGAAAAUAUAUGAGUGGCUAACAAUCUGAUUAUGUAAUGGCUUAGGUUGAUGCUGAGCAUCUCACUUAGAGUAGAAUGUUUUUGUUACCUACUGAAACCAGAAAAAAUGCCUCUGCAGCCACGAUGAAAAACAAACAUCUUAUACAAAAUGUUUUUGGUCUCCUUUCUGCAAAACAAGCGAUUUCUUGAAACAGUGUCGGAAAAGGACGUAAGGCCAUAAAAAUAAACUGCUGAAACUUCAAACAUGAGGGUUUUCCAUCUUCACACAAGCAUUAAUGAGGAUCAGGGAUGCCUUCAUAACAGCCACAGUCUUUAUGCUAAUUUACACAUAUCCGUAUCCCUUGGCAAAGAGCCUAAAGACCUGAGUGAAACCCUUACUUUUCAAAUUACGAGUUUGUGACAGUUUUCUAUAACAUCACCCACUGACCUAUUUGACCUUCCUCGUUAUUAGGUCUGCCUGAGAUCAGCUUCAUUAGCAAUAUGACGCAAAAUAAUAUCCAUUAGUUUCUUUAUACAAAGUGCUCCAAAUUCCACAUUGGUAACAGGCAACUGUAAGUAACUAGCCAUAACAGAAAAUGUUUCCAAAAGAAAUAUCAGUAAACCCCUUUCACUGUCAGCAAUAAUGUACAGAAGCUUAACCAGAGGAUCACAUGGUAUGUAAAAAUCAGAGUCAGUUUGGCUUAGUUUGCAUUUAAUAAGAAGGUGAUGUCAGUUAAAUGGAGAUAUAAUAUUUCUGGAUAAUGAACUCUUUUUUUUUUUGUCAGCUCUGUAAGAAAAAAGACAUGAUUAUCUCUCACUAAAAGAAGCUCUUGCACACUUUUUACAUUAACGCUCAGUGUAUUUCAUAGCAAAAACUGUCAAUUCUUAUUUCAAACCGCCACCAGUAUGGUAUUUAUUUAUUUAAAUCUUUGUUUUAUUUAUCCCUCAGAUCGAAAACAGUUUCUAAUUUUUAUAGUAGUUUCAUUUUAACAGAAUCUCAACCAAAAAUCCAUAAAACAAAGACACAUUAAAUAAAAGUUAUAAAUUGAUUUGCACCUCAUUGAGUGAAAUAAGUAUUUCAUUUGUGCGAAACAUGACUUAGUGCUUGCUUUUGCACACAUCUCAGGAGGGAUUCUGGCCCACUCUUCUUUACAGAAACUAUAAAUCCUUUAAGGUUUCUUGGCUGCCAGUUUACAACUCUAAGUUCGUUUCCCUCCACAGAUUUUCUAGGAUUGAGAUUGGGAGAUUAGCUAGGCCACGACCUUAAGGGGCUUCUUCUUGUUGCCUUGGCAGUACAGUAUGUUUUGGGUUACUGGAAGACCCAUCCACAGCCUAUCUUCUGGCUCUUAAGUGGCCAGUGGACUGUUGUUGUUGCAUCCAUUGACCUCAGUGUGGUGAAGUCAUCCCACACCCUUAGUGGAAAGAUGGCUCCAAAGCACAAUGUUUCCACCUUUGUGCCUGACUGUGGGGAUGGUAAUGUUUGGGUCAUACUCAGCUUACAUACACAGGGGGUCAAGUUGAUGCCAAAGAGCUUGAUUUUGGUUUCAUCUGACCACAGCACUUUCUCCCAAGCCUUCUCUGAAUCAUUUAGAUGUUCACUGGAAAAGACGGACCUGUACAUGUGCCUUCUUGAGCAGGGAGACUUUGCGGGCACUGCGCGCUACCAAUGGUGUUUUGGCGAUUGUGGUCCCAACUGCCUUCAGACCAAUAACAAGCUCCCAGGAAGUUUUGGGCUGAUUCACCACCUUUGACAUGAUUAUCCUCACUUCAUGAGACAAGAUCUUGCAUUGAGCUUGAGAUGGAGGGACAUGUUGUUCCAUGCACAUCUACAAUAUUGUCCUUGACAUUCUCGGACAUCUCUUUGGUCUUACCUAUGGUCACGGUGAGGUUGAAAUGGAAGAAACUGAUUGUGUGGACUUGUGUGCUGGGCACACAGCCAAUUUGUGGGAUCAAACAUUUAUUUCACUCAAAGGCAUGCAAAUAUAUUUAUAACUUUUAUGUGAUUUGUUUUUUUUCCCUGGAUUUUAAAUUCAGAAAAAGAUGAUUUCAGGAAAGGAGAAAAUAAUUAUUUCUGUGAAAAUAAUUAUUUAUUGUGGGAUUUUGGAUUGACAAAAAAGUGAAACAAUUAUUACACUGCUUUAGAGAUGGUUGCAACUAAAGAUUUGAUUUAAUUAUUGAUGAAUCUGCCUGUUGCUUUAUCAACAGAUGAAUGAAUCGCUUGGUUUGUGUUUCAGAGAAAAAAGUGGAAAAAAAAAAAAGUAAAUUUAGCAAUCAGUAUUUAAGUAUCACAGGAAGAUGGAAACUGAAGGAAGGAAGAUGAAAACUGGGGAAUGUUUGUCAUUUUUACAAAAUUAAUCAAUAAAUCAACUGGCUAUUAGAGUAGGAAAAAGUUGACUGUUUUACCUCUUAUAGUCUCGGUAAAGUUGUUACCCAAAGUUGCUGAAAUCUACUUUCUUGGCUAUCCAUAAAUGCUGUCCUUUGUGUUUGGGGGAAAGCAUGCAAAGCAGCUGCAGCGGUGCCAGUUUUUAUAUGAGUGACAGUGUGUGACGACCAGGUGGACAGAAGGUAGGUACAGUGGGGGGGUUGGUUGAUGUAGGGGGGUGUGUGGGUAGGGGGUUGUCUGUUCCAGUCUUGCAUCUGGUAGUCUGGCAGCUGCUGAGCUUAUACAUGGAGCACUUUGCAUGUGCGCUGAAAGCUAACAGCACACACUGUUAAUCAUUAAGAGUUGGCUGACUCAACACAAAUACACCAACAGAAACACAAAAAAGCCAGCUAUUAGACUUGUCUGUUGCCUUCGUGUUUCCAUCUCUGUUUCAUGAAGUUUAAGUGGAACCUAACAGAACUGUGGUCAAGUGCUGUAAGUGGGGCCUGCUAGCGUCAUCCUCAGUUAUCAGCAAUAAUAUUCAAAUUUGUAGAGUUGUUAGAGCAAGUUAAUCCCCAUUUCAAUAGCUAAAGUUUAGGUGUGUGUGUGUGUGUGUGUGCGCGCGCGCGCGCACGCACAUGCGCGCACACGCAGGCUUGUGCCAUCGCUUUUAGGAGCAGAGAAGCAGGAUGAGUCCAAGUAAAAUAAUUGGCCUGGAGAUCAGCAGUGGUUCAAAAUUACACUGUCUUGCCGUCUCCCUCGAGCUGCCUUCCUAUUCCCAGAGUGUGAACAGCAGUAGCAAACAGGGCAGGAGAGAUUUUUAAUUAGUCCCCAACGCUGGAUAAGUGGGGGAAAAAAUCAGAUACGUUCGAGAACAUGUCGCUUUCAGGGCUCUGUGCUGUGUUUUGACCUGUAAUAAGGAACAGGACAUUUGUUCUUAUCACCAAUAAUGUAAUACAGUAGUCGUACCCAGGGAAUUUUAAAAAGCUUCAUUUUGCCUCUGACAAGCAGUAGCAGGGUCACAAAUGGAUUCCCUCAAGAGACAUAUACGAGGAAUCUCUCCUCUCUUUUCUUUUCAUUUUUAAUGUUUUGUGAUGUUUUCUGUUUUGUUGAAAACAGUCUUGACUCUGGCCUGAUGUGAUGUGGUACUGUAAAUCGUAUCAGCUCGACCCUCUUCCCAUGUCAAAAAUAAGUAUAUAUAUAUUAUAUAUAUUAUAAAUAUAUAUAUAUAUAUAUAUGAAGUAAUAUUUACAGUAAAAAGGAUGGGAAGAAGGAAGCACAUAGCUGUUUCAAUCUGUCCAGGUUGUCAUGGUAACAGUUGCCUUACAGUUGAAUACCCACCUGUACAAAGAAGCUUUGUAGUGGCUGAUACCUCACUUUUUGGGUGUGGUGGUGGUGGUGGUGGUGAUGAUGACGAUAAUGUGCACCACGUUCUGUCUAUGUAUUUCCUACUAGAUAGAAUGAGCAGUACCGUUUUUAGUUCGAUUGUUAUUGCACUUGUUGACUUUGUAUUGUCACGACAGGGAGAAAUAAAGUUUUAUCUUUUCCAGUGUGUUUAAA